UCAUUUGCGAUGACAUAAUGCCAUUAUAUAAAUUUCAUUAUCUCCAUUUCAAAAUUAUAUUAAAUUCAUAAUCAUGUCAUUCUUCAAGAGGCUCUGAAACAAAUAAUUAUUUAAAAGGUUAAGUGUAACAAUUAUAUGAUAUGGUACACAAAGUAGGUUUCAUAUCAUUAACAAUUUCAGUUUAUAUUUCAAUUUAAUUCAUGAAAGGAUACUUUAAUGAAAUAUUUUAGCUAUCUCUGCAAAUGCCUAUAUUAUUUAUUGAAUUUUGGUUUCAACCAGCCUCCUAAGGAAAAACAAAUAAGGUUGUACAACUCUACUUUCAGGUUUUUGUGAUGACGUCAGUUACUGAACCGAAAAAGUGGCCGAGCACGUCCGCCUGUGUGCUUUUUAUUUAUUUAUUUAUUUUUACGGCAGAUGGGCAUGCUUUACGGCAUCUGUUGUCCCUUUGAACUGUCGAAUUUGUAGCCUCUGCUGAACUUUUGCAGCUAUGCGGCUUAUUCUGCUAGCACGUCUCCUCCUGUUCCCGAUGCUAGCGAGCAACGUCGCAGGGGAGGAGAGCAUCAGAAAGCCCAACAUCGUUCUGGUGAUGGCGGACGACUUGGGAAUCGGUGAUGUGGGUUGCUACGGUAAUAACACCAUCAGGACCCCCAACAUAGACAGGCUGGCCUCCGAGGGGGUGAAGCUGACUCAGCACAUCGCGGCCGCCCCGCUGUGCACCCCGAGCCGGGCCGCAUUCAUGACCGGACGUUACGCUGUCCGCUCAGGGAUGGCGGGGUCAGGCGCAGUACAGGUCAUCUUGUUCCUGGGUGGAUCGGGCGGGCUGCCACCUGGCGAGACCACUUUUGCCAAGAGGCUGCAGCAACAAGGAUAUACCACCGGCCUAGUUGGUAAAUGGCACCUUGGCGUGAGCUGCGAGCACACAGGGGAUCACUGUCACCACCCCAAUCAGCACGGCUUCAACUUCUUUUACGGCCUGCCUUUCACCUUCCUUAACGACUGCGUUCCGGGAAUGGGGACGAGCGUCCAGGCCGGCCUGCAGCACGCGCUCCGAAAUAUGUCCGUGUUGCUCGCGGUUGGCCUUUUCACACUGGUAUGUGUCCGUGCUCGGGGCCUUGUCGACAUCAGCCUGUGGCUCUUGGUGGUCCUUCUCUCGUUGAGCGUCCUGGCAGUCGCGGUGUGGUACAUUCCCUUCGGACUGCUGCCCAGGUGGAACUGCAUCGUCAUGAAGGACCAGAGCGUGGUGGAGCAGCCCAUGACGGUGGAGACGCUGCCCGUCAGGAUGCUGACUGAAGCGCAGCGUUUCAUCGAGAGGAAUGCUCAUCGUCCGUUCCUUCUGUUUUUCUCGCUGGCUCACGUGCACGCGCCGCUCUUCCGCACAGCGGCCUUUGCUGGCAGAAGCCGCCAGGGUCGCUACGGCGACGACGUGGAAGAGAUGGACUGGCUCGUCGGUGAGCUAACGAAGACUGUGGAUUCAUUGGGCCUGGCCAACGACACUCUGAUCUACUUUGCAUCAGACCAUGGAGGACAUCUCGAGGAUUCUCAUCCUCUGAUUGACCAGGCAGGAGGAUGGAACGGCAUCUAUCGAGGUGGGAAAGCCAUGGGAGGCUGGGAAGGUGGCAUCAGAGUCCCCGGUAUCUUCCGCUGGCCGGGCAGACUGGCAGCUGGGAAAGUGGUGAGCGAGCCCACCAGCCUCAUGGAUCUCUACCCCACACUGAAAUAUCUGGCUCGGGACACCCAACCAGACAGACCCUUGGAUGGCCACAACCUCAUGCCGCUGUUGGAGGGGACGGUGGAUCGAUCGGAGCACGAGUUCAUGUUUCAUUACUGUGGCAGCCACCUACACGCCGCACGCUGGCACCCGGCAGACAGUGAUUCCAUCUUCAAGGUGCACUUCUCCACCCCAAACUUUUCACCCCCGGGCGCCGUGGGAUGCUAUGACACGCAGAUCUGCCUGUGUCACGGAGACCACGUGACGCACCACGACCCACCGCUGCUCUACGACCUUUUCCAAGAUCCCUCGGAGUCACGGCCGCUGGGCCCCGACACGGAGCCUCGCUACGCGGAAGUCCUCCGUCAAGCAGCCGAAGCCGCGUACAGGCAUCGGCGCUCCUUGGCAGGCAAACAGCCGGACCAGCUUACCUGGGAGAAGAUUCUGUGGAGACCCUGGCUUCAGCCGUGUUGCGGAACAUUCCCCUUCUGUGGCUGCAAAGAAGACACGAGGUAGUAGAGAACAAUUAUUGGACUUUUUAGAUCAGGACAGGAAGGAGGUUGUAAUUUACACCGUGUGCCUUUAGAGGGCAGAGUGAGACUGUGUUUGACUGUGUUUGGCCAGCUGUUCAAGCGGCAAGGGAGGGAGUUGGCUAAAUGCUACCACUGGGAUAGUUGACUAGGAUUAUAAAAAAACAACAACAAAAAACAUAUAUGGUUAAAUAUACAGUAGGGUUGUUGUUCAUUCUAAGUCUGAAUUCUCCCUUCAUUCAAAAUAUAAGAAUGAGUUGAUUUUGAGGGCUAUCUUACAUGAUGUCCAUGGUAAGGUCCCACAAGGGUCUGUGAGAUCCUUGUUAAGUUUGAAGGCAAGCUUGAUUAAUGUAGCUCCGUUCAAAGGUCACAUACAUUCCUGUUUUCCUCGCCAGGGCUCCCCCAGGCACAAUUUGCAAUAUGUAUUACUGGUAUUAUUAUCUGAAAGGCAAGAACACUUAUUAUUUUGAAGGGUAUUCAGCACACGGUCGCCUUAGUAACCGAGGUAUGUGUUCAUCUUCGUCUACUAGUUGCCCUUUUCAACUUUUUUUUUCAACUGUGGGGCAUAAAUAACUUGGAUUCUGCCUAGUAACAAUUGGUGGGACCUUGAAAAUGCUUGUUGGGCGUGUAUGGCAUGUGCAUUCUUUUAUUAUUAUUUUUUUUUUAAAUAAUGAUUGCACUUCAUGAAGUCUGCACAGCAACAUCCCGGCUGAUGAAUCAGAGCAAUUGCCUUGCUUUAUAUUGCUAUGUUUAUUAUAUUUUAUUUCAGUGGUGACAUUUUAUGACAGAUUUAUGUUGUCUGUGUGAUUUUUAAAAGACAAUUAAUUUGAAAAACAAACAAAAAACAACAGGAAACAUCCAUCCAUCCAUACCACUUAUCCUGACUAAGGUCGCAGGUGCGUUGGAGUGUAUCCCAGUAGACUCUGAACGAGAGGCGGGGUACACCCUGAACUCACAUUCACACCUACGGGCAAUUUAAAUUCUUCAAUCGGCCUACCGUGCAUGUUUUUGGGAUGUGGGAGGAAACCAGAGUACCCAGAGAAAACCCACGCAGGCACAGGGAAAACUUGCAAACUCCACACAGGCGAGGCUGGAUUUGAACCCGGGUCCUCAGAACUGUGAGUGAGAUGUGCGAGCCUGUAGGCCACCGUGCAGCCAAACAGGUGACAUCGUUUAAUCAAACAGCCCUGUAGGUGUGGCAGGCCUAUAACGUUUGUAUUGGCCUGUGAGGCACAAACAAUUUGAGCCUAUGGAUUUUGCCUAGUAACAAGUGGACCAGACCAUGAAAAUGCGUAUUGGGCGAGGCAGGCAUGUGCAGUUUUUUUAAAAAGUUUUUUUAGAUUGUGCUGCAUGAUUUUUUUUUUUCUAGCAUCAAAUGACCUGACAAGUGAAUCUGAGCCAUCCAUUUACCCUACGAUGGUAUGGCUGCAAGAUUUCUAUUUCAGUAAUGACAUUUUGUAAUGACUGAUUAUAUAUUUAUGUUUGUGUGAUUUUACAAGACAAGUGUGUAUUUAAAAAUAACAAAAUAAGACCAUGAGAUCAUAGUGUUUGCGAUGCGAUAUAUAACUUGUUACGAGUAACAAGGUACAAGGUUUUUCUUUUUUUUUUUAAUGGGGGACAAGUUAUCUGUCCCCAUGAAAUUUCCCUGUCAACAAGUAGACAGGACAAGGAAAAAUAAUCAAAUUAAUGUAUCCUUAUGAUAGAUAUUUCCAAUGUCAUUUCAGUUGUGAACUUUUAAAGUGAUUUAUGUAGAUUUCUUGAUUUGGAACCUUUUUUAUGACUUCAUUUAGGUACAGAAAUGAAUGUCAGUAUGACACUGCACUUUGUCGGUAACAUGCUCAUGCUCCCCUCCCCCCUUUUUAACUUUUUCUGGCUCAACAUUGGAAUUUGCUUUUAGUUCAGACACUUUCAGGAAGUCCGCAGCACGAGUACUCGGAAAGCUAGGGUGGAUAUAGUCCCGGUGGGCCUAUAAGGAUACCCUGUGGCUCUCCAUACUGUAUCUUCACCAAUAAAAGACUGUAAAGACUGUGGGAACCUC